CGCUGCCAAGCUCCGACACUUAAAAAGGCCGAGCCGUGCGUGUGGCAUCUCUGUAUAGCUGGAGAGUAGGAGAGUGCAGUGCUCCGCGGUGGGAGUGCGGUUGUCACUACGCCCGAGCAUCUCUGAACUUCCCGGAGCUGCCGAGCCGGCCGUGCGCACGGCCGCAGCCCCGCGCCCCUCGGCAGCGCCUUCCGAGCCCCGGCGAGUGCGCGCGUCCCGGACCUAGCACAAAGCACGUUUCCCCAACAGCGUGGGGAGCCCGGCAGCGCGCCUUCGCCGCACGCACCCUCCCCUCCUUUGUUCCGGGGGUGGGCGGCCGCUCUUUUCCCCACGUCUUCAGAAUCCCCUCUUGGGGUGGCGGGCCACCGAGUGCAGUUGCGAAGAUGCCCUUGGAGCUGACCCAGAGCCGGAUGCAGAAGAUACGGGUGCCCAUCGACCACCGGCCCUCGUUGCCCAGAUCCUGUGGGCCGAAGCUGACCAACUCCCCCACAGUGAUUGUCAUGGUGGGCCUCCCUGCCCGGGGUAAAACUUAUGUCUCUAAGAAGUUGACCCGCUACCUCAACUGGAUUGGCGUCCCGACAAAAGUGUUCAAUGUGGGAGAGUAUCGCCGCGAGGCUGUGAAGCAGUACAGCUCCUAUAACUUCUUCCGCCCUGACAAUGAAGAAGCCAUGAAAGUCCGAAAGCAGUGUGCCUUAGCUGCCUUGAGAGAUGUCAAGAGUUACCUGACAAAGGAAGGUGGACAGAUUGCAGUUUUUGAUGCCACCAAUACCACUAGAGAGAGGAGACACAUGAUCCUUCAUUUUGCCAAAGAAAAUGAUUUCAAGGUGUUUUUCAUUGAGUCCGUGUGUGAUGACCCUACCGUUGUAGCCUCCAACAUCAUGGAAGUGAAAAUCUCCAGCCCGGAUUACAAAGAUUGCAACUCGGCAGAAGCCAUGGACGACUUCAUGAAGAGGAUCAAUUGCUAUGAAGCCAGCUACCAGCCCCUCGACCCUGAUAAAAGUGACAGGGACUUGUCACUGAUCAAAGUGAUCGAUGUGGGCCGGAGGUUCCUGGUGAACAGAGUCCAGGAUCACAUCCAGAGUCGAAUCGUGUACUAUCUGAUGAACAUUCAUGUACAGCCGCGCACCAUCUACCUGUGUCGGCACGGCGAGAAUGAAUACAACCUGCAGGGCAAGAUUGGGGGUGACUCAGGCCUGUCCUGCAGGGGCAAGAAGUUUGCCAAUGCGCUCAGUAAGUUUGUGGAGGAGCAGAACCUAAAGGACCUCCGGGUAUGGACCAGCCAGCUGAAGAGCACCAUCCAGACAGCGGAAGCACUGAAGCUCCCCUACGAGCAGUGGAAGGCGCUCAAUGAGAUCGAUGCCGGCGUCUGUGAGGAGCUGACCUACGAGGAGAUCAGAGACACAUACCCUGAGGAAUAUGUGCUGCGUGAGCAGGACAAGUACUACUACCGCUACCCGACUGGGGAGUCCUACCAGGACCUGGUCCAGCGCCUGGAGCCUGUGAUCAUGGAGCUGGAGCGGCAGGAGAACGUACUGGUCAUCUGCCACCAGGCUGUCCUGCGCUGCCUGCUGGCUUAUUUCCUGGAUAAGAGUGCAGAGGAAAUGCCUUACCUGAGAUGUCCCCUUCAUACCGUUCUGAAACUGACACCUGUCGCUUACGGUUGCCGUGUGGAGUCCAUCUACCUGAACGUGGAGUCCGUGAGCACACACCGGGAGAGGUCGGAGGAUGCAAAGAAGGGACCUAACCCGCUCAUGAGACGCAAUAGUGUCACCCCACUAGCCAGCCCUGAGCCCACCAAAAAGCCUCACAUCAACAGCUUUGAGGAGCAUGUGGCUUCCACUUCUGCUGCCCUGCCCAGCUGCCUGCCCCCGGAAGUGCCCACGCAGCUGCCGGGACAACCUUUGCUAGGGAAAGCCUGUCUAACAUGAAAGGCUCCCGGAGCGGCACCGACUCCUCCAGGAAACACUGAAUGAAGCAGACACAUCUCUUUCCAUUCCACUUCCAUUUCUGCAGCUUAGUUUGUGCCCUCCCAUCUGCCCAAGGCCAAAGGAACAAGUGGUCCCAAGGACUUCUGCACCGAAUGAGUAGAGAAAGGGGAUCUGCUGGUUGAAGAGCAGCUACACCCCAGUAGCAUCAGAGUGACUGAGACACCAGAAGGCCAUGUGGCUGACUGGAUCCCUGGCAGUGAGCUGCCAGCCUCUCCACCUUCUACUCUCCAGGGUCCUCCAGGGCUGUUUGGCCCCCUCAGAAUCCCCACCAGGCUGGGGGAGGAUGAAGAGUGGUGGAUGAGCUGAGCAAGGCCCUGAGAGGGGGACACUGGUUACUGCUGUGCUGCUUUCUGUAAUUCUGCCCUGGCAUGAUCCUGGCUGGGGAGACAAGACUGGCAAAGAAUCUUGAAACUAGAAGAGGACUUAGAUCCUAACUGCUGAAAGCGAAGGCCUGUUUGAAAAUUUCCGCAUGGCUCCGUUGUGCACCUUUGUUGGGGAGAUACUCCCUUGGACUUGGGCAUGGGCUGAGUUGGACCUCUUCUCCUGAGAAGGCCUUGAGCUGGGACUUACCUGGAAGCUGAGCAGUGACCUGUCCUGGCUCCCCUGCAUGUCAUCAAACCAUCCCAGCCCUGAACGUAAGGACAGGCUGGCUGCAUAGGCAGAAGGAUGUUUUCACUGAAAUAUGAUAACUGGGGCCUCACUCUGUCAGGAAGCUCUGAGCAUCCUUUGUUCUCCUAUCUGGUCUUGGAGGCACCCUGAGUGAAUUGCUCUCAGAGCUGUUUGCUUUUGCACUUUUUUGGGGACAGAAGUAGGAUCUAAAAGUUGCACCUUCUUUUCAGGAACUUGCAGUAGAAGUUGGAGGUUUAGGCCCUUGGGGGCCCAGAGCCUCUGCAUGCAAGGAGCUGGACACACCUGUGGGAUGGGGGAGCUUGGAGCAUUGCCUCCUCGCAAGAUCUUCUGAGAGAUGAGGUAGGGAACACCUUGCCUCUUUCCUCUAGGACAUUACCUACCACCCAUGCUUCCCAGGUGGGGAUGGCAGCUAAGGAUGAGGUGCAGAUGUGUCUGCCUGCUUUUGUCGAGUGCUAUGUACCUGGCACCGUGCUGCACACCUGACUGUGGGGAGGUCAGUGGAGUAGGCUGUCCUGUUUGCUUUGUCUUCAUAGCAUCCAUGACAUUUUGCAGAGUUUGAAAAUCUGAGCUUAUGGGACAUGUGGUUCUAAACUCCUGUAGUAUUUGUCCCUGUCUGUUUUUCCUCCCUCAUCCCCUCAAACAGCAGGGCAGAAGAAGGUGUCUGUGUCCAGAGGAAACCAUUUGCAAACUCAGCAGUAUAGUUCAUACAAAUAACCCUUUUAAGAUGUCUCAAAGCUCGUACCAAAGGUCAUGCUUAUUUCUUCCUGCCUUUUCUUUUGUGUGUGUGUAUGGGGGGGGGGGUACUGGGAGUCAAACUCAGGACCUUGCCCUUACCAGGCAAGUGUGAUGCCACUGGAGCUAUCUC